AUGGCAGGCUCUAAGAGUCAUGGAACAAGUAAUUUAUUAACUCAUUUGAAAAAUUGUACAAAGUAUCCAUAUAGAGAUACUCAGGGGCAACAAACAUUGGGAUUUAAACCUAGAGAAGUUGGUGGGGAGGGUGUUGUUGAUGUUGUGGCUACCUCAUUUUCUAUAGAAGUUGCUAGGAGAUUCUUGAAACGAACCACAAACUUGUUGAAGGGAAUUGUCUUGGGCCAUGACUUUUUGCAUAUGUGUUGUUGUGCGCAUAUUCUAAAUCUCAUUGUUAGUGAUGGAUUGAAGGAUCUUAAGUCUUGUAUAGCAAAUGUGAGGCAUGUAGUGAGGUAUGUGUGGUAUUCUCCAAACCGCCUUGACACUUUUAAAAAGUAUGUGGAAAGUUUGAAAAUUGAGAGUAAGAGUCUCUUGUGUCUAGAUGUGCCAACACGGUGGAAUUCCACAUAUCUUAUGUUGGAGGCGGCGGAAAGAUUUGAGAGUGCUUUUCAAAGAAUGGGUGAGGAGGACUACAAUUAUAAACACUACUUUUUGGAUAAUGAAGGGGGUGAGAGGAGAGAGAUGCCUACAGCCGAGGAUUGGGAUAAUUGUAGGGUGUUUUUGAAAUUUCUUAAAAUGUUCUACAAUGCAACAAAGAGAUUUUUUGGGUUUUUAUUUGUUACUUCAAAUACAUUCUACACAGAAAUUUUUGUCAUUGAAAACAUGAUUGGACAAUUAAUCAAAGACAAUUAUCCUAUUUUGUCUUCAAUGGCAAAGAAAAUGAAAGAGAAGUUUGACAAGUAUAGAGGAAAUGGAGAUAAAAUCAAUCUCCUUUUGUAUAUUGCAGUUGUGCUUGAUCAUCGAAGAAAAAUGACAUAUUUGCAAUUUUGUUUUUCAACAAAUUUUGGUGGAGAUGUAGUGAAAGUCAAAGAAAUGUUAGACAAGGUGAAAAAUUGUUUGAAUCAAUUUAAUAGGAGUACGUUGGAAUUGGACAAGUAUUUGGGUGAUAUUGAGAAACGUGGGAAGAAUGUUGAAUUUGAUAUCUUGGAGUGGUGGAAGGUUAAUACAACAAAGUAUAGAGUAUUAUCACUUAUAGCACGAGAUAUGUUGGCAAUGCCUGUUUCCACUGUUGUUUCUGAGUCAGCUUUUAGUACAAGAGGUCGUAUACUUGAUCCAUUUCGUAGUUCACUUGCUCCCAAGAUAGUGGAGCUUCUUGUUUGUACACAAAAUUUGCUUCGAAGUAACAUUCCAAACUACCUUCGACAAGCAAUGGAUGAUGUUGAAGAAUUUGAACAACAAUAUGAUUCGAGUUUGGAUGGCUCAUGGUUUGGCUCAAGGAAAUGA